AUGACUGAACACAAGCAAACAGCAAUAUUAUCCGUUUACGACAAAACUGGGCUUUUGGACCUUGCAAAAGGGUUGGUUGAUGCCAAUGUCCGUAUUUUAGCUUCAGGUGGUACUGCAAGAUUGGUACGUGAGGCCGGAUUCCCAGUGGAGGAUGUGUCAUCGAUCACCCAUGCCCCAGAAAUGCUCGGUGGAAGAGUCAAGACGUUACAUCCUGCUGUCCAUGGUGGUAUUUUAGCAAGAAAUAUGGACAGUGAUGAAAAGGACUUGGAGCAACAAGGAAUUGAAAAAGUUGAUUAUGUUGUUUGCAAUUUGUACCCUUUCAAAGAGACAGUUUCCAAGAUUGCAGUCACCGUUGACGAAGCUAUUGAGGAAAUUGAUAUUGGCGGUGUUACAUUGUUGAGGGCAGCAGCCAAGAACCACCAAAGGGUUACUAUUUUGUCAGAUCCAAAGGAUUACUCCAGUUUCCUCAAGGAAUUAAGAGAGGGUCAAAUUACCUCAGAAACUAGAAACAGAUUGGCGUUGAAAGCUUUUGAGCAUACCGCUGACUACGAUGUUGCUAUCUCAGACUUUUUCAGGAAACAAUAUGCUGAAGGUGUGUCACAAUUGCCAUUGAGAUAUGGUGCUAAUCCACAUCAAAAGCCAGCCCAAGCUUUUGUUUCUGAAGGUGAAUUGCCAUUCAAGGUUUUGAACGGAUCUCCAGGUUAUAUCAAUUUGUUGGAUGCUUUGAACUCGUGGCCAUUGGUUAAAGAAUUGUCUGCGUCAUUGAACUUGCCCGCUGCCGCAUCCUUCAAGCACGUUUCACCAGCUGGUGCUGCCGUUGGGUUGCCUUUAUCCGAUGUCGAAAAGAAGAUUUACUUUGUUGAGGAUAUUGAGAAUUUGUCACCAUUGGCCAAUGCAUAUGCUAGAGCUAGAGGAGCUGACAGAAUGUCAUCGUUUGGAGAUUUUAUUGCUCUUUCCAACAUUGUCGACAAGCCAACCGCACAAAUUAUUUCCAAGGAAGUCUCAGAUGGUGUUAUUGCUCCAGGAUUUUCCGAUGAAGCUUUGGAGCUUUUAAAGAAGAAGAAAGGUGGUAAAUACUGCAUCUUGCAAAUUGACCCCAAUUUCACUCCAGCCAACUUGGAGAAUAGACAAGUUUUUGGAGUCACUUUGCAGCAAAAGAGAAAUGAUGCCAUCAUCAAGGGAUCUUCUUUCAAGGAAAUUGUAUCAAAGAACAAGGACUUGACUGAGCAGGGUGCCCUCGACUUGACCAUUGCCACCAUUGCAUUAAAAUACACACAAUCAAACUCAGUUUGUUACGCCAAGAAUGGUAUGGUUAUCGGUUUGGGUGCGGGUCAACAAUCCAGGAUCCAUUGUACCAGACUUGCUGGAGACAAGGCAGAUAACUGGUGGUUGAGACAACACCCAAGAGUUUUGGGUUUCAAGUGGGCCAAAGGUGUAAAGAGACCAGAAAAGUCCAAUGCUAUCGAUUUGUAUGUUUCUAACCAAAUCCCAACUGAAGAGCCUGAAAAAUCUGAAUACGAAUCCAAAUUCGAAGAAGUUCCAAAACCACUAACUCCAGAAGAGAGAAAGGAAUGGUUGAACAAGUUGAACAAUGUGGCAUUAUCGUCAGACGCUUUCUUCCCAUUCCCAGACAAUGUCUACAGAGCUGCAAGAUCUGGUGUCAAGUUUAUUGCAGCACCAAGCGGCUCUGUCAUGGACAAAGCCGUAUUCAAUGCUGCUGAUGCCAACGACAUUGUUUACGUUGAAAACCCAAUCCGUUUGUUCCACCAUUAA